AGUUCUACACCAACACACCGGAAGUAGGUUACCUUUAUAAUGGUAGGAAAUGCCUUUAGUUUAUUCAUUUUGCUUGGAUGGUAUCAGCCAGCCAUAUCAGACUAUAGCCAGCUGGUGACAGAAUUGGCAGCUGUAGUUUCACACAUUUGGAGAACACCAGAUUUGGAGAAGGCUUCACAGGGUUUCCUCCACCCCAAAAUGUUUCCCUCCAUUUUAGCAAAACCAGGAGUGAAGUAUUGUUCUCUGUUGUUCUUCAAUUUCAGAGUUGCUUUUCUUAGUCAUAGAAGCAGAAAAGAUAGAUAAAGGCCACCAUCUUCCCCCAUCUCAACAGGAUGUCUGUGUGUCUCUUCCUUAGUUGUCCUUCUGGAUAAGAUAGCAGAUAGGUCACUACAGGGCACAUUGCAAGCAAACAAUUGGAGGAUGGCUUUGCAAACAAAAUGAAUGACUCUGGGGAGAAAAAUACCCCCCCUUGUCUCUGAAAAGCAUUGCUGUUGUGGGCAGGUCAAGGCUACAGUGGAGGCUAUUAUCAUCUUGGCCUCUUCCUCUGAUAAAACCCCAGUGUCCACAAGACUUUCUCUCCGUAUGUACACUUUGCUUCAAAAUAGCAGAGCCUGAAGCUACCUGCUAGAAUUAUAAGAAAUAGACUUCUUCAAUGCAUCCUGCUGAGUCUUCUCGAUGCAGAUAUCUUUGCCACCAAGAGAUGUUCCUGCUGUUUGUGUUGUCCUUUUGUGUCCACACUAAUACGCAGUCCUUGCAGGAGAAUACAGUGGCUCUUGAUCCUUGUUCUGCCUACAUUAGUCUGAAUGAGCCUUGGAGGAACACGGAAUUCCAGUUCAAUGACUCUACCGAUCAGCCUGAAUGUGACAGUCACGUGGAUGGGGAAUGGUAUCGCUUUACAGGGAUGGCCGGGGAUGCCAUGCCUACCUUCUGCAUUCCUGAGAACCACUGUGGCACCCAUGCCCCAAUCUGGCUGAAUGGCAGCCAUCCUCAAGAAUCAGAUGGCAUUGUCCAAAGGCAGGCCUGUGCAACUUUCAGUGGAAACUGCUGCCUCUGGAAUACAACUGUUGAAAUCAAGGCAUGUCCAGGAGGUUAUUAUGUCUACCAUCUAGCCAAGCCCAGUGUCUGCUACCAUGCUUACUGUGGACAUUUCUAUGACAUCUGUGAUGUGGUUGAUUGUCGAGGUUCCUGUUUGGACACUGGAGAAUGCAUUUGUUCCUUGGGGACAAUUAUGGGACCAGAUGGACAGACUUGCCUUGAUGAAAAUGAAUGCGAAAGGAAUAAUGGAGGCUGCAGCGAAUUCUGUAUUAACCUAAAGAACUCCUAUCGCUGUGAAUGUGGAGUUGGCCGUGUCCUGGGGCUGGAUGGAAAGAUUUGUGAAGAAAUUGAAGGGUGUCACAACAACAAUGGAGGCUGCAGCCAUACAUGCAACAUGAUGGAAACCAGUUAUCAAUGUGAAUGCCCUCGAGGUCUUGUUUUGUCAGAGGACAACCACAGCUGCCAAGUUCCAGUUAUAUGUAAAUCUACAUCUAUAGAAGUGAAUAUUCCCAAGGAUCUCGUUGGGGGAAUGGACCUCUCGCUUACCAAUGGCUCCUGCAAGGGAAUAUCCAAUGGUACCCAUGUCAACCUCAUCUUCUCUCUGAAAACUUGUGGAACCUCUAUAGAUGUAGUAAAUGAUAAAAUAGUUGCUACCAAUAUGGUCACUGGCUUGCCAAAGCAAACACCUGGCAGUAAUGGGGACAUCAUUGUUCGCACAGGAAAGCUGCUGAUCCCUGUCACUUGUGAAUUCCCUCGCCACUACACCAUCUCAGAAGGCUACAUCCCGAAUGUGAAGAAUUCACCACUGGAAAUUAUGGGGCACAAUCAAGGUGUCUUCCCCUUCACCCUUGAGAUAUUUAAAGACAAAGAUUUUGAAGAGUCCUAUCAGGACUCCCUUCCCACUCUUAAACUCCGAGACGCUUUAUAUUUUGGGAUUGAGCCUUUGGUGCAUGUGAGUGGUCUGGAGACAUUGGUGGAGAGUUGCUUUGCUACCCCUACAUCCCAAACAGACGAGAUCCUGAAGUACCACUUAAUUCGAGAUGGCUGUGUUUCAGAUGAUUCGAUAAAGCAAUAUACAUCAAAGGAUCACUUGGCUAAACAUUUUCAGGUCCCAGUGUUCAAAUUUGUGGGUAAAGACAACAAGGAAGUGUUCCUACAUUGUCGUAUUCUUGUAUGUGGAGUAACAGAUGAGAGAUCUCGCUGUGCACAGGGUUGUCACAGACGGAUGCGCAGAAGAGUUAAACCACAAGAGGAAGGGCAUCACAUCACACACCAUAUCCUGAUAAGUGGCCCAAUUAAAAUUGAUGUGCAGGAAUAGAUGUAUGAAUAUAUAUACACAGAUGAAAGUGUACAGCCCAUUUAUUUCAGAAGCAUAUGUCCCCCUUGUGUUCAAAUUAGAUGUAAUCUUACAUCUCAGUUCUGUUGCAUGUGGCAGGGACAUUGCAUGGGAAUUUUGAUUUUAUAGGGUCAAAGCAGGGUCCUCUUUAAUUAGACAUGAUUUAUUCAAAGCAUAGUCAAAAAUGCAGGGCCAUCCACAGCUCAAACAAGUGUCAAGUUGAAGCUACAGCUGUACAAUUGAAGCCUUGCCUCUUUUUUGUAUGCAUCUAAACAAGUCUUCAUACGUGUCAAAA